AUGCCGCCUCGUCGCCCCCACCCAGAUGAUGGAGGCCAAAAUGACGGACCAGCGCGCCAGCGGAUCCGCAGCACAUCAGGUGCGCCGGUCGCUGUCCGUCCACCGGCAGGCGGACCCGCUGCGCAGUCUCAGCAAGCGCAACAGGUCAGCAUUCAGGCGCAGAUCGCAGCUGCCAAAGCGAAAGCUGCUGCUGCGCUCGCUGCUACUCGAAAUGCGAGCAAAGGUGGGGCGUCAUUGUCAUCCCCCGUAUGUGCUACACCUGCGGCAGCAAACGCCCGUCCGCAAGCUCCUGCUGCUUCUGCCCCCGCAACAUCUGCUCCUGCACCCAAUGACAUUGCUGCAAGGAUAGCUGCGGCAAAGGCGAAGAUUUCACGUAUUACGGGUAGCGCCGGCGUGCCACAGGCCCGUCUACCGCCAUCCGCACCAGUGCGAGAGGAGCGCCCGACUGGAAUUCAUCCUUUGCUGCUUCAAGGCAACAAAUCUCAGCCAGCUCCUUCCAGCAUGAAGCCGAUGGCGCCAAGAUUCUCCACAGUGCGGGCUAACGCUCAAGCAGCGACACAGAAGCGUCCAGGCUUCCCUUCGAGCCCAGCCCCUCCUGAAGCUAACCCAUAUUUAGCUGCAGCCGAAGAGGUUACUGCCGAAGGCAGCUCCGCGCCGAAAGGCAGAUCGAUGCAUCGAGGCUUCCACUUCGCACGUCCUGGGCGCCACAUUGCCGAAGCUGAGGAGAUGCGGAGGGAAGCGCAAUUGGAGGAGAUCAAGAAGCGCAUCGCGGAAAGUGCGAAGAAAGCGGGCCUGGAUGGUACAGGAGAGGAACGCGUGCUGAAAAAGCAGCAGCCACCGCAGGUUGAAUGGUGGGAUCUUCAAUUCGUCCCUCAAGGCGUAGAAGGCUACGAAGGCGUACAUAUUGCCGAUGCGACCAUCGUCAAGAAAGAGCCGGAGCUAAACGGUGUUUUCAAGGGCAAAGGCAAGGCACAAGACUCUGAUUUACCUCUUCCUCUCAUUGAAGGGGACGGGAGUCCAAUCGACAUUUACAUUCAGCACCCCAUUCCCAUCCCUCCGCCCGGCGACAAGGACAAGGUUCCAAUGCGUGGUGUGAUGCUCACCAAGAAGGAGAUGAAGAAGAUGCGUCGCAUGCGCAGACAAGCAGAGAUCCAGGAUAAGCGAGAUAGGAUCAAGAUGGGCCUGCUGCCGCCACCGCCACCGAAAGUCAAGCUUUCCAACAUUAUGCGCGUGCUCACGAGCGAGGCAGUAGCAGAUCCGACUAAGAUCGAGGCGCGAGUCCGUCGUGAGGUAGCAGCGAGAAAGGAGGCGCACGAACGCAUGAACGAAGAGCGCAAGCUGACACCGGAUGAAAGACGAGCCAAGGCAGAGAUGCAACGAGAGAAGGAUGAGUUGAAGGGGCUAAGCUGUCUGGUCUUCAAGAUCAAGCAUCUGGUAUCACCUUCGCAUAAGUUUAAAAUCAGAAAGAACGCGCAGCAGCUGGGCCUCACCGGCAUCACAGUCUUCAGUCCCAACUUCGCGCUAGUCAUUGUCGAAGGUGGCGCCAAGGCGAUUAAAGCGUACCUUAAGCUCAUGACUCAUCGCAUCAAUUGGACAGACCCCGGCCGGCCCAAAGAUGCCAGUGAUGACGAGGGAGAUGUCAGCGCGACACCGUCUGUCACGGAUGCUCCUGGCUCGGCUGCACCAGGGACCAAAGAAAGCACACAGGAAGAGAUCGAACAUAUUGACUGGUCAUACAACACUUGCGAUCUCAUCUUCGAAGGUCCAAUCAGAGAACGGACAUGGCAGAACGGAUUUAGAGGACGGGGCGUCGAGACGGAUGCAGAGGCGAAAGAAAUGCUAGGUAACCGUGCUUCACUGUGGGACGUGGCCAAGAGGUGGUCCACCGCUGCGGAAGAGGUGUAG